CGUCAUCCGUGACCCUGCAAGCAAAACUUGGCUUUCCUUCCCAUGACAUCGGUACUAAGGGCUCUAUGAAUGCCUUCACCAUCCGCGACACAUUGCUCCAGACAGUAUCAUCCAGCUUGUUCCAGCAAAUAUUCCCUUUUGUCGUGCUCUUCCUGGUGCCACUACUAGUCCUUUCAAUUACCUCCAAAUUUAAAUCGACUUCGCCACAUUACCCUUUUUUAAUGGGCCUCGAAAGUCUUGGUCUUUCAAUGCCAUGGAAUUGGUUCUCAAAUACGGGAAACGGAGGCACGAUUACUCCCAAUGGUCGCCAGGCUCACCAUCACUAUGAAAAGAGAAAGAGCAAAAAGUCGAAGGGAGAGCUAGAACUUGUAUCAGUAAAGACUGAAGAAGAAGCUGUCGAUGAUGGGUAUUACCCUGGUCUUGUGAAUAUCUCGGGAACCUAUUGCUUCAUGAAUUCUACGGUCCAGGCCUUAUCUUCAUUAUCAUAUCUCCAACCUCAGAUCGAUGCUGUUCAUUUCAAGGCCGAAGCAUUGGAUAUUCCUACCCCCGUUAUCGACAUCCUUCAAGACCUUUUUCAUCGCUUAAAUACCCAGACGUCAGCACCAUCCUCCAUACGACCAGUCGAUCUCAUAUCCGUACUGUCAUCCCCAUCGUCAGCACGUUUUAAUUCCCUCUUCAAUUCCCGCGAGCAUCAGGAUGCCCAAGAAUUAUUCCAGCUCGUGUCCGAGUGCAUCAAGAACGAGACGAUCAAUGUAGACAAGGAGGGCCUCCGAGAUCACGGCUUGAAUGCCCUCUCUCGAGAGGCUGGCAUUAACCCUGAGAUUGGGAAGAGCGUGUUCGACGGAUUGACAGCAAAUCGGCGAAGCUGCGUUAUCUGUGGAUACACAGAGGCUGUGAUGCAUUUCGCCUUCGACAAUUGGCAGCUUGCAGUGCCCCGUAUGGCGAUGAGUUGUACACUUGAAGAUUGUCUCGAAGACUACACCCGUUUAGAGGUGCUUCGUGACUGUAUAUGUCGUCGUUGUUCGAUGCUCGCAACUCAUCGCCGGUUGAAACAGGAAGUUGAAACUCUUGUUGAAGCCACAAAGCCAGAAAAUAAACCAUCUGCAUCGAAGAAAAGACGUCUGAAAGAUGUCCGGAAGAUGGAAGCACGCGUCAAAGCAGCUCUCGAUGAGGGUCGUAUUGAAGACGAGCUCAAAGAUAUCCGUAUGGAGAAGGUAUUUAGUUCGAUGUCUACAAAGCAGGCGAUGAUAGCCAGACCACCUCCUGUCCUCGCGCUACACAUUAAUCGCUCCGUCCAUUAUUCCCAUUACGCCACGAAGAACAACAUUCGAGUUAUCUUUCCCGAAGUGCUCGAUCUAACACCUUUCACCACCUCAGGAAACUUGUCCACCGUUCCCACAAGUUCUUUAUCGACACCAUCCCCUUUCCCUCCCCGAUCCGGCACCCCCACUCCUACAACGUACGCCAAUCUUCAUUCCCGAACAAUAUAUCGGCUCUCUGCAGUCGUGUGUCACUACGGCCAGCAUUCGUUCGGACACUACGUUUGUUUUCGCCGGAAGCCGCCAAAUUCGAGUGCACAAGACCGUUGGAAGCCGCCGAGGAUUAUAAUCAAAGACCGCAUACCUGUUAAACAAGAAGAAGAGUCUGGUCCGCCUGUCGAUUUUGAAUGGGAAGACGCGGACUCCCUUUCUAGUGCCGGAACCGGUAAAGGAUGGCUUCGAAUAUCCGACGAUUCUGUUAAUGAAUGCGGAAUUGAAAACGUCUUGCGAGAAGGCUCAGGAGCGUUCAUGCUGUACUACGAGAGAGCCGUUCUGUCUAUACCUACACCGCCGGAGCAUCACCCAUAUACCGCUGCCAACGGAAUCGCGAACGGGUACGCAUAUGGUGUGGGCACGACGAGUCCAGAAAGUUCUGAAGAGACGUUAAAACCCGAGAUGAUGAUGACCAUGACCAGGUUGGCCAAUGGGAACGGAAGUGUUCGAUCGUUGGUCAGCAUCAGUGGGACGGUGAAAAGCGAGGACAAUGAGAAGACGGGUAGCGUUUCUGGAAGUCCACCAGUCGCAUCUGGGGCCACGAAUAGUGCGGAGUGUUGCUGCUGGAAGGAGAAGACGGAGUAGUAGCGCUACGCCUGGCUUACAACGGACUAUGUCUUCGUCCCCUCCAUCAUCGUCAUCGUCGAAGUCCAUAUCAAUAUCGAAUGGUCUAAAUAACGGACCCGUGGAGGAUAGCGAUACUGAUCCGAUGACGAUGUCUUCCUUCAGUUCCUCAGCACCUGCUUCCUUGUUCUCACCAAAACCACCGACUUCUCUGUCCACGUCUUCGGCGACCUCCCAUCAGCUGGAACCUCACAACCACAAACCAGACUCUUCAUCGAACGGUGCAUCUCAGCCGCUUACUGCAUUACAAUCAUGACACAUUUCUUAUCCCUCUUUUCUCUUUUCGCAAGCAUGCUUUAGUACCCAGCCUGGAGGGUUUGUAUUGUUAGAUUCACCU